GUUUUUACCGAACUGUCACCACCUUAUGUUAAUUCGCCUUGGUUUAUACCAAAAAAAUUCGGACGCCAUUGAUUGUAUAUUUUAAUAAAAAGUGGAAAAAAUUUUGUUUAUUGUAAAAUAUUAAAAGAGGAAAAUAGUAAACAAAAUACAUUAUGUCUUUACAAACCUAUGGCGAUAAGCCGGUGGCUUUUCAAUUGGAGGAAGGAGGAGAAUAUUAUUAUGUGGGCUCAGAAGUGGGAAAUUAUUUGCGGCUCUUUCGUGGAAUAUUGUAUAAAAAAUAUCCCGGCAUGACGAGAAUUGUUUUGUCGAAUGAGGAACGCAAACGUUUAGCAGAUUCCGGUUUAAGUCCUCAUAUUUUAGCCAGCUCCGUGUCGCUGUUAAGAGCUUGUGAAGUAGACGACAUAAUACAAGGCAAUGAUGAAAAAUAUCGGGCCAUUUCAGUAAAUACCACAGAUGCACCGUUGCCACGUGAAAGUAAGUCGAAAAAACAACCGCAAUAUGUACCCACCAUGCCCAACUCCAGUCAUUUGGAUGCAGUGCCACAAGCCACUCCCAUAAAUCGUAAUCGGGUACACACCAAGAAGGUGCGAACAUUUCCCAUGUGUUUCGAUGAUACAGAUCCCACUGCAAAUUUAGAAAACGCUUCACAAAAAGAGUGUCUGGUGCCCAUACGUUUGGACAUGGAGUUGGAGGGUCAAAAAUUACGUGACACUUUCACUUGGAACAAAAAUGAAAGUAUGAUUACGCCCGAACAAUUUGCCGAAGUUUUGUGUGAUGAUUUAGACUUGAAUCCCAUUCCUUUUGUACCGGCUAUUGCCCAAGCUAUACGCCAGCAAAUCGAGGCUUUUCCCAGUGAGCCACCUAUAAUCGAGGAAAGUUGUGAUCAACGUGUUAUAGUAAAACUGAAUAUACACGUUGGCAACACUUCACUAGUGGAUCAAAUCGAAUGGGAUAUGUCGGAAAAGAAUAAUAAUCCCGAGGAGUUUGCCAUUAAACUAUGUGCAGAAUUGGGUCUCGGUGGAGAGUUUGUAACCGCCAUAGCCUACAGUAUUCGUGGUCAAUUGUCUUGGCAUUAUCGGACCUAUGCAUUUAGUGAAGCUCCCCUAUCUACCGUUGACGUACCAUUUCGAAAUCCCAGUGAUGCCGAUGCUUGGGCUCCAUUUUUAGAAACACUAACCGAUGCCGAAAUGGAAAAGAAAAUACGUGAUCAGGACCGUAAUACUAGACGUAUGCGACGUUUGGCUAAUACAACUACUGGCUGGUAAUAAUACAUAUAUUCAAAACUUUUUUAUUUAAAAAUAAAAAUUAACUUAAACUAUAA